UCGAAUAUUUCCCGGAAUAUUUGCAUUCUUCGAUCUACUUGAAGUUUGCAAUUAAUAUUUUCAUCAAGAUCAUCGUUCAUAUUAAUAUUGUCUAGUUCCUCAAUUUCCACAUUAUCGUAAUUGAAAUUUUCAUCGUUACAAUCUAAACAUAAAUUAUGUAAGAUACAUGCAGCUACAAUUGUAUUUGUAACAAACGGUAAGUCGCGAUAUUCUGAAAAAAAUUUUAUUCAUCGAAAACGUCCUUUCAGAAUGUAUGAAAUUAAAUUCGGUUUCAAGAGGAGUAAGGUGACCGUUAUCACGAAAAGGAGGAACAAGCCAUUGUAAUGAUGGAUAUGCAGAAUCCUCGAUUAUAAAUUUUCCAUUUGGAAAAAUUACUUCUCUAUCCUCAUUAGCUGAAUUGUAUAAUGGAGAUUUUCUCAGGACUCGUGCGUCAUGGAGAGAACCCGGCUGAUCACAAUAUAUGUACAAAAAAGUUCUGAGCUUUAGAUUUCAUACAACCGAAAUAACAAUUUAAAUUUUAUAUAUCUUCCCGCCCUUUUGCGGUUUUAAAGCGUUAACAUUUGGCCUUCUAAAAUGCCAUACGGUUUGGCGUUUGAUGCACAUAAUCUCAAAAAUCAGUAGUGUUCACGAUGGCAAUAACAAAAGAGCAUAUUCGAUUUUCCGUCCACUUGGCGUUUCAUCUGAAGAAAAAUGCUGCUGAAGCCACUGCAAUGAUUUGUGCUGCAUAUGGAGAGAACGCUGUAAGUCAUGCUACAUGUAAAAGAUGGUAUCAAAAGUUUUGCCAAGGAGAUUUCAGUCUUAAAGAUGAAUCGCGUGCUGGACGCCCUGAAAAGAUUGAAACGGACGAAUUGCAAGCACUGCUGGAUAUAAACUCUGCGCAAACUGAAAAGGAGCUUGCAGAACAGCUUAGCUUACGCAGCAAGCCAUUUGCGUACGAUUACGUACGAUGGGAAAGGUUCAAAAGGAAGGCAGAUGGGUUCCGCAUGAAUUGUCCGAAGACAACAAAAAUCGACGGCGUGACACUGCACUCACUUUGCUUUCAAAGUUCCGGAAAAAAGAUUUUCUGCGCAAAAUCGUUACAGGCGAUGAAAAGUGGAUUCUUUAUGAUAACCCUAAACGUAGAAAAUCAUGGGUUGAUCCUGGUCAACCUUCGACAUCGACUCCAAAGCCCAAGAAGGUUUUUGUGAUCAAAAAGUAAGGUGACUUUUCAUUUUUAUAAAAAAAUAUUCAUUUAUUCAUCCAAAAUUAUGUUAUCCCCUUCAAAAUAAUCCCCCUCUGAUACAAUGCACUUGUGCCAGCGCUUUUUCCAGUCGUCAAAACACUUCUGAAAUGCACUUUUGGGUAUUGCCUUGAGCUCCUCCAGCGAUGCAGCCUUAAUCUCCUCAAUCGUCGCAAAUCUUCGUCCUUUCAUGGGCCUUUUCAAUUUUGGGAAGAG